AUCAGAGGGGAAGGGCGGUACUGGGAAGGCUGAGACAGCACAGAAGGGAUUCAGCCUUUCUUUUUAAUUUUUAAAGAAAGAAAAUUCGUUUGUUGCAGUUUAGAGACAGGGAAGUCCUAAAUCUAGGCCCUGGCAUCUGGUGAGGACUUCCCUCGCCUGGCAUCUGGUGAGGGCUUCCCUCACCUGGCAUCCGGAAGCCCGGGCCAGGAGAGCAGGGUUUUUUGGUUUUGAUGCAGUGUAGCGCUGGCCUGUGUGCAGUCAAAAGCCCAUUGUUCCUUCCCCUGGGGAAGAGGAGGCUGUGGUUCUGACUCAAGGCUGUAAACAACUCCGGAGAGAGCAGACAAACAGGCUUCAGGGCCUGUCUCUGCAGCCCUGCCUGGAACACCAGUUCCCACCCGAGCCCGUACAAUGCCUGUGGAGGAGUUCGUGGCUGGCUGGAUCUCUGGAGCUGUGGGGCUGGUCCUGGGUCACCCAUUUGACACUAUAAAGGUGCGGUUACAGACGCAGAACACAUACCAGGGCAUUGUGGACUGCAUACUCAAGACUUACCGCCAUGAGUCGGUCCUGGGCUUCUUCAAGGGAAUGAGCUUCCCCAUCGCCAGCGUAGCCCUGGUCAACUCUGUCCUGUUUGGAGUGUACAGCAACACCCUGCUGGCCCUCACAGCCACCUCCCACCAGGAGCGGCGGGCCCAGCCACCCAGCUACACAAACAUCUUCAUAGCAGGUUGUACUGGGGGCCUCCUGCAGGCCUACAGCCUGGCUCCUUUUGACCUCAUCAAAGUCCGGCUACAAAACCAGACAGAGCCAAGGAUGCAGAUAGGGAGUUCUGAACCCCGGUACCGGGGGCCUGUGCACUGUGCAGCCUCCAUCUUGAGAGAAGAAGGACCCCAGGGACUGUUCAGAGGAUCCUGGGCCCUGGUGCUGAGGGACACCCCUACGUUGGGAAUGUACUUUGUCACCUAUGAAGGGCUCUGUCGAAAGUACACACCAGAAGGCCAAAAUCCCAGCUCUGCCACAGUACUGGUGGCAGGGGGCUUUGCAGGCAUAGCCUCCUGGAUCACAGCCACACCUUUUGAUGUGAUCAAGUCCCGGAUGCAGAUGGACGGACUGAAGGGGAGAAAGUACCAGGGAAUGCUAGACUGUAUGGCAAGCAGCUUCCAGCAGGAGGGAAUAAGGGUCUUCUUCAAGGGCAUGACCCUCAAUAGUGCCCGUGCCUUUCCUGUCAAUGCUGCCACCUUCCUUAGUUAUGAAUACCUGCUGAGCUUGUGGAGAUGAGCCUGGCCCAGUGAUGCCAGCAACUCCUCAACAGGGUCAUGGCUGACAGCAGCUUGGAAAAUCAAGCUAAAGCACCCAGCUGCAGGUACAAAAGUACGAGAUGCCAUGCAUCACCCAGAGAGUUAAGGAGUCAACUUGCAAGAAACCAAUAAACCUGGCCCUGUACAGACUCCAAGACCCACCCAUCACCAGUCCACCUCUUUCCAGAAAGCAGGGGCAUAAGGCACAUACAAAUAAGCCAGGCCACCAUGUCACAAUUGCCCCUCUGGAGGAGCUCUCAGGGACCAGUCACUGUCUUGGUGCCACCAAGUCAUGGGGCUCAAACCAUUCCCCUGGACAGAAUGACUUGUCUCCUUCAUGUACAGAAUCCUUCUGUGGUUCCCAUUACCUUCAGGGAAAUCCAGGUCCCCAGCUUCCGGCUGUCCUGCCCCAUUAAGUGGUCCUCUCUCUUACCCACUUCCUGCUAUGGUCCCUCAUGUCCCAGGAGUGCCCAGUGGGGUGUAGUUAUUGUCCUUCCAGUGGCCUACUCUCCUCCAAGACCCAGGCAGAGCUCUAUCGCUAGGGUCCUUCCAGCCCUGACUGUGGGUCCUGAAGAGCCCAGCCCCUGCCUACCUCAAUCACAGCUCUGUGUAUGGUGCUUUAUGGUUAGUUGUUCUGCUCCUGAGUCAUUAAUCUGUGAGAAUCUCUUGGUAAGGAUGCACUUGUCUCUUGAACAGAUAUAUGCAAUAAAGUUUCAUUUGAUGAAGUA